AAUAACCAAUGUGCCAAGUACAUUGCAUUGUGGGAAACGUAUCCGCACGUUGACAUUGGUGAUACAGCGCCAGUGAUUUCAAGGACCCAGCCCAUCUUUCUGGACAAGGACAGGUCAGUUCAGAAAUGGGUGCCACUAUGUCCAGUCCUACUCCACCCACAGUCAAGGCCGAAUCUAUGAUGGCCUCUCCCACUCCUGCGUUUGUUGGCGGCGUGUCCCCACCACAGGGCUGUCCUAUGCAUCAGGCACAGGAACCAGUCAAAGCAGUUGCCCCUCCAUCAGAGUGCCCCAUGCACCAGGCUACUGCUGCUGCCCCUACAGAAGAGAAGCUUGCUGCUGCAGCAGGGCCAGUGCACCAGGACCGGGCCUAUGAGUUUGUGGCGUGUCCUAUGAAGGCAGCAGCAGCCGGACAAGGCCAGACUGACAUUGACCCCACUAACAUGAUGCCUCCACCCAACCAGGUCCCUGCCCCAGACCAGCCCUUCCUUCUACCAGUGAACCGAGAGGAGUCUAAGAUCCCGCGGGCUGGAACAGGCAAGAACUGGGUCUACCCCUCGGAACAGAUGUUCUGGAACGCCAUGCUCAGAAAGGGGUGGCGCUGGAAGGAAGAUGAACUGGGUCAGCAGGACAUGUCCAACAUUAUAAAGAUCCACAACACCAACAACGAGCAAGCAUGGCAGGAGAUUCUUAAGUGGGAGGCCCUCCAUGCUGGGGAAUGUCCAUGCGGUCCAUCCCUGAAACGGUUUGGUGGCAAAGCUAAGGAGUUCUCCCCAAGGGCUCGAAUGCGUCACUGGAUGGGAUAUGAAUUGCCGUUUGACCGUCACGACUGGAUCGUGGACCGCUGUGGGAAGGAAGUCCGCUACGUGAUCGACUACUACGACGGAGAGAUCAACAAGGACACCUAUGAGUUCUCCAUCCUGGACGUCCGCCCAGCUUUUGACUCUAUAGGUGCAGUCUGGGACAGGAUGAAGGUGGCCUGGUGGCGCUGGACCUCGUAAGCAGCAAGCAAAACACUGUAAAACAACGUUUUACAUUCUUCAUUUCGAUACUGAGAUGUUCUAAAAACAACCCCAGAAGACCCAUUCAAAACUGCAGUAGAUGCUUUAUCACGUGACUGUAAUAUACCAGAUUCUCCAUCAUUA